CCCACACAGAACGGCGCAUCAUAGCAUCCACUCAUGAAAAUUGUGAAAGCCUACCAAUCAAAAAAAAAACUCGAAUGGUGCAUACAUAACGAACAUGGCCGCCCGGAAAAGAAAAAGAAGAUGAGAAACAAUUCAACAGAUGUAAAAGAGCUUCACUUUCACAUCUUAAGUUAGUUUUGACUCUAUAGUUUGCGCCAAACCAGCUCCUUAAAUUCUCUCUCUUUUCUCUGCGAUUAUCUCUGUGAAGAGACUUUCCCUGUAUCUCUCAAAAUCCCAAAAGGAAAUCCAUUUUAUUUUCUUUCCAACUUCUCUCAUUUUCUCUUCUUUUGUCCAUUUCUUUUGUGACCCUUGACGGGUUUUGAAGUCUUGGCUUAGAUGGGUUCGAGAUUCCAUCAGUCUUGUCCUCGUUCACAUUAUCUUUUAGCCCUUAUGUGACCAGUAAGACUCAUUUGGAGCAAGAUCAACAUCUGCAAUGAAGCCUUUUGGAAACAUUGAAAAUGACCUGGAAACUGGUAAGUUAGACAAAGACAGAGAUAGGACAGCACGAGUUCACAGGGUGCUUAAGAUACAUAAUCAAGCCUUAUUGUCUGGCCUCGCAUAUUGCAUUUCGUCAUGCAGCAUGAUUCUGAUCAACAAGUUUGUACUUUCCAGCUAUGAUUUUAAUGCUGGGAUAUCUUUGAUGGUUUACCAGAAUCUUAUUUCAGUGAUUAUUGUGUCAAUAUUGAGUUUUCUUGGCAUAAUAUCAACAGAGCCACUAACAUGGAGAUUGGUUAAAGUUUGGCUACCUGUGAAUGUUAUUUUUGUUGGAAUGCUCAUUACAAGCAUGUUUAGUUUGAAAUACAUUAAUGUCGCUAUGGUCACUGUCCUGAAAAAUGUUACCAAUGUGAUAACUGCUCUUGGCGAAAUGUAUCUAUUCAGUACGCAUCAUGACAGCAGAGUUUGGGCUGCUCUGUUCCUAAUGAUAAUUUCGGCCAUUUCUGGAGGGGUUACUGAUCUAUCUUUUCAUGCUGUUGGCUAUGCAUGGCAGAUUGCUAAUUGUUUCUUAACUGCAUCCUAUUCUCUGACCCUGCGUAGGGUCAUGGAUACAGCAAAGCAAGUUACCAAAUCUGGAAAUUUGAAUGAGUUUUCAAUGGUCUUGCUCAAUAACACCCUAUCAUUGCCUUUAGGGAUUCUUCUAAUUUUUGUUUUCAAUGAGGUGGAUUAUCUCUCCAGAACGCCACUAUUGAGUUUGCCAACCUUCUGGUGUGUAAUGACAAUAAGUGGAGUUUUGGGACUAGCAAUCAGCUUCACUUCCAUGUGGUUUCUUCAUCAAACUGGGGCUACAACGUACAGCCUUGUGGGAUCAUUGAAUAAGAUCCCUUUGUCAAUUGCUGGCAUCCUUCUUUUCAAAGUUCCUACCAGCUUGGAAAACUCCACAAGCAUACUCUUCGGUCUCUUGGCUGGAGUAUUCUUCGCUAGGGCGAAAAUUCGGACAAGAUCUCAAACCUGAAAAGUAGCAAAAGUAAUGUAGCUUUAGAUGAUAACCUAAUUUUGCACUCUUUUCAGUAAAUUGCAUCCGAAUGCUUGACCAUCCCAUGAAGUCACGAUGGAUAGUUAGUAGAGCAGUUUUUCAUCUUAAAAUGGAGACAAAAGGAGGGAAAAACAAGCUCUUUGCUCAUUUUUAAGUGCUGUUCUAUUCUCUUGAUAUAUAUUUUUCCCCUUGUUACAUGAGAGGACAUUGUAUUGGAACUUGGGAUGGACUGGGUGCCGAGUUUGUUGUAUUAUUGAGGGAAGAUGCGAGCAGCACUAUUUCUUUUCCAGAUAUAAACUGUAUCAUCAUGUAACUGAUUCUUAUCUUACCUUGUACCAUCAUUGAAGUUGAAACCUUCUCUUCAAUUACAGGAGUGUUACUUCAGCUACUGAAGAUCAACACUGAAAGUGGAUUUUUUUUUUCUUUUGUGGAUGUA